AUGGCGAUCAAGCACAACAACCAGAUUCAGAAGAACCACUUCCGCAAGGAUUGGCAGAAGCGUGUUCGCGUGCACUUCGACCAGCCCGGCCGUUGCUCCCCGCCCGUCGACAAGCUGCGUCCCGUUGUGCGAUGCCCCACCGUCAAGUACAACCGCCGUGUCCGUGCCGGCCGUGGUUUCACCCUGGCUGAGCUGAAGGAGGCUGGCAUUCCCAAGAAGCUCGCCCCCACCGUCGGUAUCUCCGUCGACCACCGCCGCACCAACUACUCUAAGGAGUCCCUGGUCGCCAACGUUGCCCGCCUCAAGGACUACAAGGCCCGCCUGAUCCUCUUCCCCGCAAGAGCGGCCGUCAAGGCUGCCCUUGCCGACGGCAACCGUGAGGGUCUCGCCACCCGCGUCGGUGCCACCUUCCCCAUCACCAACCCCUCCCUCGAGGAGGCCGUCACCGAGGUCAAGCGUGACUCCCUCCCCAAGGGUGAGGAGGCUGCUUACCGCCGUCUCCGUGACUCUCGCGCUGAGGCCCGCCACCGCGGCAAGCGUGAGGCUCGCGCCAAGGCCAAGGCUGAGGAGGAGGCCAACGCCAAGAAAUAA